CUAGCCAUGCUACACCCAUGUUUCUGACGGCACAAGGGUCUAGGGAAGCUCGACAGGGAGGGAGGUGGGCUAAAAGGUUGUCUAUCAAAUCCCUCUGCAGCAAUUGGGUAGGUAUACAACCAAUCAACGCAACGAAUAGGCUGACGUAGUUCCGAGAGCACCGGCGGAUUGUGGCUAAGUCCCAUUAGCUUCCCAACCAGCGGAGCCGCGGAGCCAACUGGUAUAUUAAGGAUUUGCCAUAUCCCGUUGGCAUAAGUCCAAAUACGUCUUUCUUCUCAAUGAAACACUUCAGUGCCGUCCUUUGUUUAUCUUUCAAGUUGAAUUUUAGCUUCAAAUCUUUAAGGGCUGUGGCCAAAGCCGAGUCGAAAGAUAACUGUUUAUUGUGCACCGGUUGUUUCUGUCAGAAUCGUCACGCCUCUGUCGUCACUUCGUUACGCCCGCCUUCUGACUCUACACUUCAUGGUGAUUCGUCCGGCCAGUUUUAGGAGAAUCCAGCCUCGAGCCUUAUGGAGGGUAACUAGACCCACCCUGGCAGAGAAUUAAAUUCGUUGCCGUGGGUUGUCUAGCGCGGCUAGGCUAGGAAUGACCCAUAACACAAACUGCAUUGCACAUAAAACAUGCAUUUUAAAUUUUAAAUUCAAAGCAUAGAUGUACUUUAAUGCAACUUUUUCUGGAAACAAAUGGUAAAUGUAUAUCCAGUAUGGCCAUAAAAAAAAAGAGAAGCAUUUCCCCUCAUGCCGUGGACCCUCCUGCUCCCCACCAGAGUCCCCACAUGUGAAGCACAUUACACCCCUUCUUUUCCCCUCCUUCUGCCAGCCCCUGUUUCCACCGCAAAAGAAAGAAAUCAUUCAGUUUCAGCCUGUUUUUUUUCUUCUGCAGACCUCCCCUUCCCCUUCAGCAGCAGACGGGGGCUCGCAGACGACCGAACUCUGCAGCCAAACCCUAAUUGUGUGUUCGUGUGUCUGCAUUUUUUUUUCUUCCCACUUGACAUGAAGAAGGAAGCUUCAGCGAGCAUUUGUUCUCUCGGGGUGUAAAUGGAAGUUGUGGACCUUUGGAGUGGAUUUGUUUGACUGGGAAAAAGAGGCUGAAGAGUUUGGUUGCCAUGUGGCGCUGCUGGAUGAACUUCAUCUUGGCCUGGGUAUCCAUGGCAACCCCGACACUCUGCCAAAGUGGAGACGGUGAUUGGGGUUCAGGAGUUGGCAUCUCCUCCACAAUAAUGGCCACCAAUGACACGUUGCAGGCGGUCGGUGAUGAGCCGGUAAAAACCAGCCGUGACUGGACCCCAUCAGCUCCGUCGCCGUCGCCCGUCCUCCACUUUGAGCCCGAACCGGACAAGUGCUCCGUCUAUUUCAACACCAACACGGCGUCAGCUCGGAGGCUGAAGGCCCAGAGGGAGGAGCUGGACUACCUGAGGGCCAUACAGCACGGAAACAGGGCGGUGAUGGAGAACCUGGUGCAGUAUGUGGGGGCGGAGUUAGGUGACCAGAGCUACGAAGACGUGAUCAAGGAGAAUGUCAUCGGCACCCAAGAGGACCACAAGAGCUGCCAUGAGGUGGUGGAGAAGGCUGAGGAAGAUCUGGAGAAGCAGCUGGAGGGGGAUGUGCUAGACUCCCUCGCUGGGAUGCAGAAAAUCAGAGAAGAGUCCUUGGCCUUUGAAGACAUGCUUCGUGCUGCAGCCGACAUCGCCAGCCGGCUGGAGAGCUCAUCACAGGCGCUACAUGCUUCAUUCGCCAAGCAGCUGAAAGACAUUGGCAAAAUCCACCGCUAAGAAAGUGCUGAGGACUGUUUAAAAAGCGCUCACAUGCCAUCCUUGAACUUGUAUUUGAUGUCCUGCGUGAGGCCCAGGAAGAUAUAGAGAUGGAAAAACAACUUUCCUAUAAAUGUAUGUUCACAUUUUUAUGUAUAUGUGUUAUUCAACAACAUGCCAAAGUCAGCCUUUAGUUAUCAACACAGACGCACAGCAAAGCAAAGAAAAAUGCUGGGUAGAAAAUCAUAGCCUCGUAACCCACUAAAUAAUUUCCAUCCAGGCAUUAUUCAUGGAAAUUUGUGAGGUCAAACAUGGCAACAGUGUGCGGCGCAGGCUGCAGCCAAGCCGAAUGUUUAUGGAUCAAACUCGAUGGGCCUUCUGAGAGCACUCAUAAUGACUCUGUUAGUCUCCUCCAGAGGAAGCUAUGGUUUGGCCAUCUGGUUCCAGGGUAAAAAUGGAGGCCAGGAUACACUUACAAUGACUCGUGUGGCAGAGUGGAGAGUUUGUUUCUGCAACAGCAAAAAAGGAAGAGAAAUCUGCCAAUGGGACAGCUUUGUUAUGACGGGACGUCUGCUGUCUGGAGAAAACUGUCUGUGAGGACAAGAUGCUGUAAAAAAAUAAUCAGAUAUUUCCUUUCAGUUAGGAAGAAAGAAGAAGAAAAACUGUGAAACUGCACAAGAAAUAUUCAAAAUAAGAGCUGAGUUUACCUAUUUAACAUGAGAAUUCUACAUAAUUGUGUCUACUUUUUUAUCCUAACAAGGGCUGCUUUGAUAUUUGCAAUUACAAUGUGUAUCACUAUAUAAAUCUGGGUUAUGUACUGUAUGAUAUGAUGUAUGUUUGAUCCAGUAAACAGUAGCUGGCAAUAAAGCAAAAUCUGCUUUUUAAA